GCCGCGAUGGCUCUGCGGUCCGAUGGCCUGGACGAGCUGCCCGCAGCCUGCCUGUCGCCGUGCGGGCCGCCCAACCCGGCCGAGCUGUACAGCGAGGAGCGGCGCUUGGCGCUCGAGGAGCUGGUGGCGGGCGGCCCCGACGCUUUCGCGGCCUUCCUGCGACGCGAGCGCCUCGGCCGCUUCCUAAACGCCGACGAGGUGCGCGCCAUCCUAAGCGCGGCCGAACGGCCCGGCGAGGAGGGCGCGGCAGCGGGGGCCGAGGACUCCUUCGGCUCGUCGCAUGACUGCUCCUCCGGCACCUACUUCCCCGAGCAGUCGGACCUGGAGCCGCCGCUGCUGGAGCUCGGCUGGCCCUCCUUCUAUAAGGGCGCCUACCGCGGGGCCACGCGCGUCGAGGCGCACUUCCAGCCCCGCGGCACAGGCGCCCGCGGCCCCUAUGGCUGCAAGGACGCGCUGCGCCAGCAGCUCCGCUCGGCGCGAGAGGUGAUUGCAGUGGUUAUGGAUGUUUUCACGGACAUCGACAUCUUCCGAGACCUGCAGGAAAUCUGUCGGAAACAGGGAGUUGCUGUCUACAUCCUUCUGGACCAGGCUCUGCUCUCUCAGUUUUUGGAUAUGUGCAUGGAUAUGAAAGUUCAUCCUGAAGAGGAAAAGCUGAUGACAGUUCGGACGAUUACAGGAAAUAUUUACUAUGCGAGGUCAGGAACUAAAAUUGUUGGGAAGGUUCAUGAAAAGUUCACACUGAUUGAUGGCAUUCGUGUGGCUACAGGCUCCUACAGUUUUACAUGGACGGACGGCAAAUUAAACAGCAGCAACCUGGUCAUUCUGUCCGGCCAAGUGGUUGAACAUUUUGACCUGGAGUUCCGAAUCCUGUACGCACAGUCAAAGCCCAUCAGCUCCAAACUCCUGUCCAGCUUCCGGAUCAGCGGUAGGUUUGACCAUCUCGUCGACCAGAAACCACCGUGCAAGGAGCUCACGUUGGGCAACCUGCUGCGGCUACGGCUGGCCAGGCUCUCGAGCACCCCCAGGAAGGCCGAGCCGGGCUGUGAGGAGGGCCAGGCAGAGGCCGGGCGCGAGGACUCCGAGGCCUCCACCAUCAGUGAGGAGGACGGCCUCAGCAGCCGCAGAGACAGGCCGGAGGGCGGGAGGGCGACCGAUGCCACCACUCAGACGGAGGCAGGAGAGGAGACGCCCGCCGUGAGCAUGAGUGACGUGGGGACACAGGCCAGCAUGGCCACGGCGUGCACUGGCACCCAGACUGCAGUUGCUACCAGGGUGGUGAGCUCCCAAACCGCGGUCCAGACCACGUCAGCCACCACCCAGACUGACAUGGAUGAGAAUGUUCUCUCCUUUCUGGAAACCCAGGCUAAAGAGGGGUCAGCAGUAUCAAAGAUGUCUGUGUCGCGAUCCUCCAGUUUGAGGUCUUCCGCCUCUCUGUCCUCCCAAGGCUCUGUGGCCAGCUCCAUUGGCUCCCAGACUUCCCUCAGAGCCAAUGACGUCGUCACACCUGGACACCCCAAGUACUGGAGCACCCCCCACUUGGAUCUGUGCUCUAGGGACUCAUUCAGAAAGUUGAAUAAAGAGCGGCAGUUUCACUUUGCCGGAAUCAGGUCCCGGCUUAACCACGUGCUGGCCAUGCUUUCCAGGAGAACGUUCCUUACUGAAAACUACCUCAGUUUUAAUUCUGGAAGUUUUGCCAGAUCAUCAGCUAAUUUGCUGGCUGUUAGAGAAAUCACGCUUUAUCCCUCCUAUCAGUGA